AUGUCUCUCGAUUGCGAGUUGCCUCCUCCGGCCGAGGCCGUAGAGUCCUCUCAAGCCAUCCAUUUCCAGGAAGACUUGUCCGAGCGUCUGUCUGGCAUAGAACGGAGCGUUGUGAGACUCACGUCUUUGGUCCAAGAUGUCCUCGACAACCGUAGCCACGCUCAACAGGUGGAGACACCAAUCACACAGUCCGUGAAGAGAGCUCAGAACCGUGUGAAGGAUGUUGGUUUUGUCACCACCCAGCCCACUGAAGGCGUCACCCGGCCAGUCCUCUUGGUCCGGAAUCUCCAAAGACAGUUCUUUGGGCCCAAGCAGGACUUCUCGGAUGAAGAACUUGCCGUGGGAUCUGUCGUAUCUGCCGGCAUUAUCAGUAUCCUCAUGGCACAGUCACUCCUUCGCAUAUUCAUUAAACAUUAUGGCACAUGGAUCUCAGUAGAGACUAUGGACGAUAUGCCUUAUGAAGACGAGAAUAUACAUCCCCUUCUGUUCAGUACGGCCUACCUUAUUGCCGCCCGCCAUGUUCCGCGGGUGUCUAAAUCGACAAUUCAAGACAUGUAUAUGAUGGUUCGACAUCUAGUCUCCAGUGUCGUUUUCAAGACACCACCCUUAAACUAUGAAUCACUUCAGGCCAUGGCACUGCUGAGCAUGUUCACUCCCACAAUCCAGACAGCCAUGCCCAUUGACAGCUGGAUGGUCAGCGCCAUCGGCAUGAGCCACGCAAGCUUGGCCUUUGACUUGACAACCAGCUAUUCGCCUAACUCUCAAGAGUUCGAGUUGCAACUGAAGCAGCUUCGCAUUUGCCCUAGGUUUUCAAUUGGCAACGGGCGUCCAAGCGCAGUACAGCCACGCUUUGUGGACCAAUGCUUGCGCAUUGUUGAUUACCCAGACGCUCGUUGUACUGAUGCACAGUUACUGGUCGAGGUGUUGGUCUACACCAAGACGGAGUCCAUCUUAUCCGAGGGACCACACAACCACUUUCGACCUCUAGAUAGACUUGGCUAUCCGACACUCUCCAGUGUGAGAUCCAAGUGGGAUCAUCUCUUUCAGCUACCAGAGUGCCUGUCGCUGACAGUUGGCUACUGGUACUGUCAUCUUCUGCUCUACCGUGCCUCACUUAGAGACACAAAGGUGGACAUGCCAUCUGCCAGUGAAGCUUUGCUGAACACCUGCACUAAUAUUCUCGAGACUUUUCUGGAGCAAGAAUUCUCCAUUAUACUUAAUAUGCCCGACCACUUCUUUUUUAUGAUUAUCUAUGCGGCCCUCACUUUGUGCAAGUUCUAUAUCAGGCAUCGUCUUAUUGCUUCCACGCAGCAUCGUCUAAUGGAUCUUUCUCCAAACGAUGAACACAUUGCGUAUCGAUUUGGCACCAUACUUUCCGAGAUCAAACAGAAAGCCGCUGCUGCUAGAGCAGACAUGACGCCGUCAGAUAAUGGGCAACAGAUCGACAAUCCCCACGCGGUUAACCCACUCGUCUAUAACGACUUGCUCCUCGGUGACGACUACAGAUGGCCCUUCUUGCCUUGGGCCAACGUCUCCGAUGGCCAAUUCAAUGCUGCGGCGCGAAAUUCUCUCACAACGUCUGAUGAGACUGGAUGGACAGGCUUCUCCGAAGAUGUAAUGCCCGAUAUCUCAGACACUGUCGUUUAG